UGACGUUCAUUAACAUGAAGAAUUUGACAUUAUAUUUUUUUGUCUCUAAUAAUAUAGGCUAAAAUCAGAGAUUGUGCUGUCUAGUCGUUGUAUUUUCUCACGUGACUCGUGCGUGUAUGAACUAUGAACUAUUCACAGACGAAUCGAAUGUUUACUACUUUUGCUUUAUAUGAUAUGUAUGUUUUUAUAAACUAAAAUUUAUAUAUUAUUAACUUGGAAUUCUUUUACGAUAGACUAGCAGCCUGUCUCUAUUUGAAUCUCAAUGCCAUACAGCACAUGACCUUUCAAUCUUUUCAAGAUUGUUAGCUCUGUCUACCCCGCAAGAUAUAAAGACGUGAUUAUGUAUUAUUUCUUCAUUAAUAAUGUGACUUUUUUAUAACACUGAUUCGAUUUUCAAAAUAACUGCAGUUUGCUUUAAAAUACCUUAUGUCCUUAUACCUGGAUGGAUUUUAUAAUUAACUAGCUUUUUUGCAAAUCCAAGAUAAAGAUCUAUCAUUUUUACCGGGAUGUAAGGUACCCUAUGUUCUUAUUGAAACGCUUAAUUAUAACAUACACGUUUAGUCUUCAUUUUUGUGUAUGAUUUGUAAUAAAUGAUAAUACUUUCUAGGCAAUUGAAUUCGAUCCCCAUUGUGAUAAGGCAAACCCUCAGAAAGUAAGUUUUGAAGAUAUUUCGGCUGCGGCGUACAGAAUCCAAAGCGGAGUUCUUAAAACACCCUGUGUGAAAUCACACAUGUCCACAUUAUAUGGUAUGGAAAUUUACUACAAAAAUGAGUUCCUUCAGUUUACGGGCAGUUUCAAAGAACGAGGAGCCCGCAACACUCUCCUGCUUCUUCCUCCCGAAAGCAAGCAGGCAGGCGUCAUCUCCGCUUCUCUUGGGAACCACUCGCAAGGCAUCAGCUACCAUGGCAGUCUGCUGAAUAUACCCGUAACUGUUGUCAUGCCUUCAGUAGCACCGAUAAUGAAAAUCCAGAAAUGUCGGUCUUUCGGCGCUAACGUGGUGGUACACGGGCUCAAUAUGAAGGAAGCUAAGUACCGUGCCAUGGAGCUAGCGAAGGAGAAGGGUAUCACUUACGUCAAUGGGUACGACCAUCCCCAUAUAAUAGCUGGGCAGGGAACUGUGGGACUGGAAAUAGUGGAACAGGUGCCAGACGUGGAUGCCGUGUUGGUUCCCGUGGGGGGAGGAGGUUUGCUGGCUGGUAUUGCUGUUGCCAUUAAACAUCUCAAGCCAAAUGUCCUUAUUUAUGGCGUGGAGACUUUCAAAUGUGCCAGCAUGUUGGAAGCCAUGAACCGCAACGAGCCAGUGGGCAUUGACAUCAGGUCCACUUUAGCUGACGGGUUGGCGGUGGCAACUGUUGGUUACAAUGCGUUCUUCACAGCGAAACCAGUCACCGACAAAAUAAUCACGGUGAAGGAGGAAUGGUUGGCUCGUGCCAUCCUGCGGCUGGUCGAGCAGCAGAAGUUUGUGGUGGAGGGCGCCGGCGCGGUAGGAGUGGCGGCCAUCAUGGCAGGCCUCGUACCGGAACUUGCUAACAAAAAAGUCGUAUGCGUCCUGACGGGAGGUAAUAUCGACACCACUUUGCUAGGCAGAGUUCUAGACCGAGGGUUGGCAGCUGAAAACCGAUACGUCAAGUUCAAGGUGACCAUUUCCGACCGGCCAGGAGGUCUCAGUGAACUGUGCAGACAUAUCGCUUCUAUUGGGGUCUCCAUCAAAGAUAUUUUGCAAGAGCGCGCUUGGAUGUUUGGGGACAUCUUCAGCGUCGAAGUGAAAGUGGUAUGCGAGACGAGAGGCGCAGAUCACGUCGAGCAACUGCGUGAAAUAAUAUGCAGCAACUACAAAGAAUACUUUUUCACCGAGUUCAACGAAGAAAAGAAAAAGGCUGCCGCCGCUGCCGCCCUGAUUGCCGCCAACAGUACUGAAGCAUCAGCUUCUAAGCGUUGAAACGCAUAGCAAGGCUAGCAUCUUAGGUUGAUAAAAUAAAUAUUCAUGAAUAGUUAAUGACACAGAAUAGAGUGAUACUCGUAAUGAGUAGCUACUAGGAGGAGAUAACGAUAUGCGUUUUAGAUUUUUUUAGAUUAUUUAAUUUCGAAAAAAAAUCCAUCUUUGUGAUUCCAAUAAUGAACCUGUAUUCUUUUUUGUUGUCGUUAAAUUAUUUGUGUUAGCUACGCUAAAAUGAAAAUUUUACCAAAACUAUGUAGGAGGUAACUACACAAUUAACUUCGUAAAGAAAUUAAUAAUGAUUUUAAUCUCUAACCAUCGACUUGCGUACUCAAAUUGCCUGCAAUAUAAGAAAAGGAAAAAAAAUCUUCUUUUUGUAGAUGAACAUUUUAAUUUAUGCCUAUGUUUUACUCUGAUUCAGUUGAGCGAUAAUAUAAAUAAGACUGUAUAAAAUGGUUGUGGAUUAUAUUUUUUAAUUACUUACCAUUUUACGUAAUUGAUCUGUGAUAUACUUUAAUGUCAUGAAUUCAUUAUUUACUUUUUUAACCAAUAAUAAAUAUAAUUUUUAGAAAAUG